AUGAAGGUGGAGAGGCCCGUGUCCAUGAUGCCAGGCCUGGCCGACGGGUUCUUCACGGAGGCCGACCUGGCGGCGGCGGACCAGCUGGUGCAGCUCAGCGUGAGCGGGGGAGCGGAGGCGACAUCCCCGACGUCGUCCACGCGGUCGGUGCAGUCGGUGAACAACACCGAGGCGGCGGGGAGGAAGGGCGGCUGCGAUGACGGCGCGCCGUGGCUGGACAGGAGGGCCAGGAAGCGGUACCGGCGGGUGGCGGAGCUCUACCACGCCACGCGGCCGCUUAAGCGCACGGACGCCGGCGGCAAGCGGAGGAGGGAGGAGAUCACGGGGAAUCGGUAG